AUGGGCAUCACAUCCGACAUGCUACAAGAAUCCGACACAGGUUUCAACUGCAUCAUCCCGACCCUGCCCGCAUACCCUCUUGGCAAGAUCUCCUUGGAUGUUGUUUUCGGCAAACCUGAUAACUUCAGGAAGGAAGGACUCGAGUUCGAGGUAGUAAAUUGGGAAUCACAGUACCACGCUAUCCUCGGGAGGCCAGCAUACGCAAAAUUCAUGGCAGUGCCCCACUAUGCGUACCUGAAACUCAAGAUGUCAGGCAACAACGAGACCGCAAUCACCAUCCACGGGAGCUUUUCGCGAUCCGAUAACUACGACAGGGAGUUCCGGAAGAUCGCAUCCAAGUUCGAAAUAAAGCAGAAGGUUAAUACACUGGACGUGCUCCCUGAUCGCAAGCAGCCACGUGCCGACGAUCGGGCAUCUAAACCCGAUGAGCUUGAUGAUAGCAAGAAGACGAAGAAGCAGCCGGUGGACCCUGUCGCCCUGACGGAGGCCAUCAACACAUCAACAGACCCUCCUCUUACAUAA